CGGGUCUUAAGAAAGUGAAAGUAUUUUUUUUUCUUGUCGUUUUCUUCUGCGCACAAUGCUGCCGUGAACGCCGCAAUCUCCUCUUCGUGGAAAAGAAAGGUGCUGUAGCUUCUUCGGAGCAUCUGCCAUUGUUAUGGCUCUCCAAACCUGUCUCAAAGCUGCGCUGAGGAGCAAAUAUGAGAGCCUGGAUGAAGCCUUUUCCAAAAGCUCAAUACUUCCUUCGAGGCUCUGCUAUCAGGACAUCAGGUACAACUACACAGAGCCUGAAUUCUUCCAGCAUGAGUACAGACGCCUGGAUAGGAGCUUCUUUUUUCCAGACGCUCCACUUGCAGACAUUUUAUCGUGCAAAUGUCAACAUAACAGAAAUAGAACAGUCAUCACUAUAGGAGUGAGCGGAGUCGGAAAAACCACAAUGGUGCAGAGCUGUGCUCUUGAUUGGGCCAAGGACAAGGGGUACCACAGCAUCAGCUUCCUGUUUCCUCUCACCUUCUGGGAAUUGAAUCUGCUGAAAGAUAGACUGAGCCUGAUUGAGCUUCUCCAGACAUUUUACCCUGAACUGAAGGAGCUUGAUGCAUCUGUCCUAAAUGAAGACGGGGUGUGGUUCAUUCUCGAUGGACUAGACGAGUUUCAAAUCCAGCUCAACUUUGACUGUCCAGCUGUGAGUGAUGUUUCUGAAGCAUCAACUGUAGACAGUCUUGUCACUAACCUAAUCAGGGGAAAUUUACUCCCAAGAGCUCAUAUAUGGGUAACGUCUCGAAUUUCAGACGAAUAUCAAAUACCUCCCUUUUAUUUGCUGAAAAAAACGGAGCUGCGGGGAUUCAGCGAUGAAGAGAAGGAGCAGCACUUCCAAAUGGUCAUCGGUGAUGAUGAUCUUGUCAACAAAGCCAUCAAUCACGUGAGAAUAUUGAGGAGCCUGGACUCCCUGUGUCAGAUACCUCCAAUCUGCACCAUUAUGGCAAGUGCUUUAAAGGAUCACGUAAAAGGGCAAAAGGGUUUUAAGUUGCAUCCCUUGAGUCUAACUGAGAUUUACAAUCUGGGUUUCGGUGCGCUGGAAGCGAAACACUUGCCUAUCUUUACCAAGCUGAAGAAGGUGGCGCUGCUUCGGAUGGGAGUGCAGAACGUCAUGUAUGAGGAUGACCUUUCAGGAAACGGGAUAAGUGUCGAGGAAGCUUUAGCUUUCGCAGAAACAUUCCCGCUUGUUUUGAGAACGGAGACGGGACUGAACGGUACCACUGUGUUUCGCUUUGGCCACUUGAGUGUUCAAGAGUUCCUGGCUGCGUCUUACAAACUGGAGGACAUCAAAGCUCAAAAAAUGAAUUUAAGCUCCUGUAUUCAGCAUCAAGUGGAUGAAGUGCUGGAGAAUAAUGAGGGAGUCUCUGAUCUCCUACUUCGUUUCAUGUUUGGCCUCAUUAAGGAGCGCAUGCUGUUGCCACCCAAAGAUUUGCUCUUUGGCUAUGUCAAGAAGAAGAUCCUGAGCAAGAUAUCGUCCUACAGCACCGUCGUCCUGUUUCACUGCCUGCGGGAGUACGACAGUCAGGCGUUGCAGGAGGAGGUUAGGUUCUUUCAGAAGUAUGGCGUUUCUCAGAUCCCAGGGUUCUCACUGAUGCACUGGAGAGACUUGAUGCAGAGGAUCAGAGCUUUUGAAGGGAUUCGAGAGACUUUUGAGAUGGAGGUGUCAGUGAGAUGUGAUGACAAACUCAUCAAGAAUAUUCCAGCUAUUUUCAAAUCCAGGAAAGCCAUGCUGAAAUUCUCCAACCUGACUGACAAGAGCUGCCCAGCGUUGGCAGCAGUCUUAAGCUCAAAGGAGUCAUUCCUGAGGGAGCUGGAUCUGGGGUACAACAGCUUCAGCACCAGUGGAGUCCAAGAACUUGCAGAGGGCCUAAACAGUAUGACUUGCAGGCUGAAAAUACUUCGGCUGCAAGGCUGUGGACUGACCGCAGAGACCUGUCAGUAUUUGAGCCAAUGCCUGAUGCAACACCAAAUACUGCAAGAGCUGGAUCUUAGCAGCAAUGGAAUAGGAGAUCGGGGGCUGAAGCUGCUGUCGCAUGGUUUGGGAAGUUCUAGUUGCCGGCUGCAGACAUUAAAGUUGUCACAGUGUGACAUUAAAGAGGCUGGCUGCUAUGAUCUGGGCUCAGCUCUGCUGAUAAACCCUCCUUUUCUCAGUGUGUUGGAUCUAAGCAUCAAUUGGAUUGGAGACGAGGGGGCCAAUGAGAUAUUUAACAAUUUUGACAUAUCGUAUCUAAAAAAGUUGGAGUUGUACUGCUGCGGCCUCACCGUGCUGAGCUGUGAAAGUAUUGGGGAAGCUCUGAAGAGUGAAACGAGCACUCUGUUAGAACUCAAUUUGAGCAACAACAGCUUGAAAGAUGCUGGGUUUAAAAUCAUCUGCGAAGGCAUGUAUGCGUGGUGUAGUCUCCAAAAACUCAAUGUUUCACGAUGUGGAAUCACUGGUGCAGGUUGUCGAUACCUGGCAAAGGUCCUCUGUUCAAUCUCGCAGCUCACCGAUGGCUGGAUGGGAGUUGGCGAGUGGCAGGCGGUGGAGCUGAUAGACCUGGACCUCAGCAUGAACCACAUCGGAGACAAAGGAGUGAAAGAAAUUUCACCCGGCCUAAUGAAUCCUUUGAGCCACCUGAAAACUCUGAACCUGACUUACUGCAGUCUGACUGACAGCUGCUGUGCAGAGCUCGCCUCUGGACUGAUGUCAAAGGAGAACAUUCUCAGCGAGCUCGACCUGUCUCACAACAACCUUCAAGAUAAGGGAGUGAAGAAACUCUACAUCGGACUCCAAAGCCCGCAGUGUAAACUUGAGAAGCUGUCACUGAGGACCUGUGGCCUGACCUCGAGGAGUGUUCAGUUCCUGACCUCAGCCCUGAAGUUAAACCCGUUCUAUCUGACAGAGCUGCAUCUGGUGGGCAACAGGCUCGAGAACUCUGAAAUCAGAGCACUCGCGGAGCUAACGAAGAACCACAAAUACGCACUCAGGACAAUAGACGUCUCAGUGGACUGAAGAAGAAGUGACACAAGUGGCUCUGUCUCCUUAUUUGCACAGAAACUGGAUGGCUACCACAUAAUUCUGUUCAGUUUGAGUUUCUGACUUAGAAAUAGUGUAAAAAAGACUCGAAAUGUUUAAUUUUCCAUUAUUACCUCUUUGUAUAUAAUGUUUUUUUAACCAAGUACUUUAUUUCUGGGCCAUAGAAGAAUUGCCCCACGUCUUGGUUACGGUGACCAUAUUCCAACAAAUGAAACGUUGCUAAUGCCGAGAGGCAUGUGGUAUGUGAAGGACAAAGUUAUUUCACGUGAAUGUGACAUUUGUAGCCAAGUAAAAACAAUAAGUGUAAAAACAAGCUAACAUUUUUAUAUACGAUAUUGUUCAUAAUUUACUACAUUCUCGUUUUUUUCACUGUAAUAUUGAAAUUGUUGAACUGUUCGUUCUGUCAGCUGGUGCAAACAGCGUUACAAGGUACUUCACAUAAGUUAUAAACACUGACACAUUACAAAAUGUGGUAAAAUGAGAGAAAUGGCUUAAAUUAAAGCUAAACAGAGUGAUAAUAAAACACUCGGGUGACAUUAAAAGUUGUCACAAAACACUCUGAGAAUCAUCUUCCAUCGCUUUAAUCAGUUAGUUAUUUAUGAGUUUCUAUCAUAUUCUGCCCAAACUGUAGCUGGUCACUUUUAAUUUUCCACCUUGGGUGUAAUAUGUUUACCUGCAGGAGAGCCAUGGGACAGCUUCCACUGCCUUUUUUCACAGCUGUUCAAAAACAGAUUUUGGAUGCCUAUUAAUGUGGAGCAUUUUCUCAACAUUUGGCACGGUGUCCUGGUCACCCAGUCACACUCACUGUUUACAUAUCCAUGCAGUUUUAUUUGUUUCAUUCCUCUUGAAUGUGAUGCAUCAGCAGAACUGACCUCAUCUCUGUAAACCGCACACAAUAAAUGCCUCUAUUUUUGAACCAAGCAGUGCCGGUU